CAGCUCCAUCUCCCAUCACACAAACACUUUCAUCACUCUCAAGAGCACCUACACAGUUCCCUACUCCAUUUGCAAAGAACAAUGGCGUCCCGGGCCAUCGAGAGCCACCGUGCUGGUGCCGAGGUCGUCUCCGGCGGAGACGCCGCCUGCAGGAAGAAGUCCGUCGAGCUGCUGGAGGAGCUCGGCCUCCCCAAGGGCCUCCUUCCAAUGGAGGACAUCCAGGAGUUCGGGUACAACCGCGACACAGGGUUCAUGUGGCUGGUGCAGCGGAAGAAGAAGGUCGAGCAUACGUUCAAGAAGAUCAAGCAGACCGUGUCUUACGCCGCCGAGGUGACGGCCUUUGCCGAGAAAGGCAAGCUGAGGAAGAUCACCGGCGUGAAGACCAAGGAGCUGAUGCUCUGGCUCAGCGUAGUGGAGGUGUACGUCCCUGAUUCCUCGCCAGAGAAGGUCACCUUCAUGACCGGCACCGGCCUCUCCGACAGCUUCGAUGCUGCUGCAUUUGCGCUUGGAGAAUAG